GGACGACGGGGAGUUUUUAUUGCAAAUCUUAACUUCGCGUAUGCAAGGGUCUUGACGAUUGAUAUUUUACAGCAUUACUACAUUUUAAAAAUCAAAAUCUUUCCUCAAUUAAAAAUCAUUAUAGUUGCAUCUAUCUAGCAGCCUAACUUGCAACAUCUAAGUGAACCUGAGUUAUUGCUCAGGAAGCUUGAAGUUCGCUUGCUAGUUAGCAUAGCCAUUGUUUAUCCGCGUAUAUUGGCUCUCCUCACUUCAGUGGCGCUACCAAUGGGUCCUGCAUAGUGCGCUAAUCUGCUGUUUGCUCAGCAUAUUGUGUUUACAUUUUUAAGGGCAUUUGCAUUUAUCAUUUUUACCGACGGAGUAUUCCACAAACCCAGUUCGAAGUAAGCACGAAUAAAUAUGACUUCAGCCUCUGCAAAAGUUGGCGAAAUCUUCUCAGCGGCAGGUACUGCCUUCUCUAAACUGGGCGAGCUUACUAUGCAGCUGCACCCAGUAUCCGAUUCUAGUCCUGCAGGAGCCAAAUGGACAGAGACGGAGAUAGAGAUGCUUCGUGCAGCUGUGAGGCGUUUUGGCGAUGACCUGAACAACAUCAGUUCAGUUAUAAAGGAGCGUACAGUUGCCCAAAUUAAGACCACAGUGAAAAGGAAACUAUAUGAAGACAGUAGAGUUCCUCUCUCACCUGAAUCUCCUAAAAAGACGGUGAAGAAAACUGUGGCUUUGGCUGCUGCUCCUGCUCCCGUGGCUCCCACAGUCAUCACCGUGCCAACGUCACAGGUUGUUGUGACCACGGGCCUCCAGAGUCAGUCCCCCAUGCCACCCGCAAUCAAAAAGCAAAAAACAGCAGAUGUUACUUUGAGUGCUCUCAAUGACUCGGACGUGAACAGUGAUUUGGUGGACAUUGAAGGUCUUGGAGAGGGUUCCACCAAGAAGUUGAACUUUGAUCAAGAGAGCCUGAAUUUGGACUCGAGUUUGAUUAUGAAUUCCAGUGAUCUGCCCCUGCUUUCACGCUGACCCAACCAAAUCUUCCUUUGCCUCCCAAGCAUAGAAGACCGUCAGGAGUGCUGGGCUUGACCAAAGUCAAGUACCAUUACUCAUAUUUUGUACAGUACUGUGUCUUUUUCAGAUUGUUAGAUGUGUUUUUAGUUAUAGUCCCUUUGAGAGAGAAAAAUGCACUCCCCAAAAUAAAUGCCCCAUUCAGGGUUUCUGACUGUU